AUGUUAGAGGGUCUUGUUUUUUGCGGAACAAUGCAUGGUCACAGUGACAUGGUGACAGCCAUUGCUACUCCAAUGUACAAUAAUAACUCAGAGAUAAUAGUAACAUCAUCGCGUGACAAAUCGAUCAUCAUGUGGGAUCUUACCAAUAAGGACGACGACAACGACUACGGUGUCCCCCGUCUCUGCCUCACCGGCCAUUCUCGCUCCGUUCAGGAUGUCACCCUUUCCUCCGACGCACAAUACGCUCUCUCCAGCUCCUCGGACGGCGAACUCUGUAACAUCCCCGGUCAUUAUAAACUCCGCCUUUGGGACCUCGCCGACGGCUCCUCCCUCCGCCGCUUCAUCGGCCACAAAAAGGAAGUGCUUUCCGUUGCGUUCUCCAUGGAUUACAACCGUCAGAACGCGUCGGCAUCUCGCGACCGCACGAUCAAGCUCUGGAACAUUCGUGGCGAGUGCAAGUACACCGUUGAAGAGAGAGACAGAGAUGGCAAACAAAAACGGAGACAAAGACGAUGUGAAUAUUGCCAUUGGGUCAAUUGA